AUGUUGCGGCAGGUGACAAUACUGCUGCUACCUCGUAAAGUAUCUCUUUUGUAUACACGUAGACUAGUUCCACAACGACAAGUAAUACCCACUAGACACCCACUACGUAGAGGGGCACUCUUACUUGAGCUUGAUAAGCCAUCACAGGAUGAUGUAAAGGCAAUGAUGAAAAAAGAAGAUAAUGGUAACAUGACAAAUGGGGAAGAGGAAUAUGAUAAAAAAAAUAAGAAGAGAUUAAUUUCUACAUAUCAUGUAUCAUCAUCUGAUGUAGCAUUGCCUUCCAGCAGUAACAGUAGUACUAGUUCCCAUUCUGGUGUUAGUAACACCUACCUUGUUCCUUCUCAUUACGCAAAUAAAGUGGAGAAGGCUGCCCUACAUGUGGAUAAGUUAGCACAAGGUUCUUUUUCUCAUACAAAUACCGUAUCUUCAAACUCCAGAGUGCGUCAGCGUACAUCUAUGGAAACACUACAGACACAGGAUUCUAUCCUUCGCGAGAUGUUUAAUGACGCUAAUAAACGCUGUAUUCAACUUCGAAAAGACACUGUCUCCCUGCAGGAGGAACGUCGUGCUUUCCGUCUCUCGCACGGCCGCACACCAACAAAGACGGAAGUUUCUCCCACUGUUCACAUUCCGUUAGCGCCUGUUGCGGCACUGAAGCUCACGAAGUACUUCAGUCCGCAUGCAUCUGCCCGGGAGGCGGUACAACACGCCCUUCGCCUUCAGCAGCACGUAGCGACAAAUGCACUGCGGCGCAGCGGUGAGAAAACACUCUUUCGCUGUCUGCGCUGCUUUCACGUGUACACUGCGCGGCCAAGUACACUGUUGCGUGAUGGCACAGAACCGCCUUCGGUGCAACGUUGGCGAAAGUGUAGUGUGGGGAAGCGGCGAGAUGCACUUGUGCGAAAUCCGAAUUGCUGUCCAUCGUGUGGAAGCAAAAAGGCACAGUGGAUGAUGGAGUACGUGCAUUACCGAACCCACGGUUAA